UGGCACCGGGGACAGGUGGCGAGACUCACCCCGCGCUUUUCUUGUCUCCCCAGGCGCGGCCUACUGCCAGUUCAUGGACAUGCUCUUUCCCGGCUGCAUCAGUUUGAAGAAAGUAAAAUUCCAGGCGAAGUUGGAGCACGAGUACAUUCACAAUUUCAAACUCCUGCAGGCGUCCUUUAAGCGGAUGAAUGUUGAUAAGGUGAUUCCGGUGGAGAAGCUAGUGAAAGGGCGCUUCCAGGACAACCUGGACUUCAUCCAGUGGUUCAAGAAGUUCUAUGACGCGAACUAUGACGGCAAGGAGUACGACCCCGUAGAAGCACGACAAGGGCAAGAUGCAAUUCCUCCCCCCGACCCCGGCGAACAGAUCUUCAACCUGCCAAAAAAGUCGCACCACGCCAACUCCCCCACCGCAGGUGCAGCUAAGUCCAGUCCAGCAUCUAAACCAGGCUCCACACCUUCUCGCCCCUCAUCAGCCAAAAGGGCUUCCUCCAGCGGCUCGGCAUCCAAAUCGGACAAAGAUUUGGAGACACAGGUCCUACAGCUUAAUGAACAGGUACACUCGCUGAAGCUGGCCCUGGAAGGCGUGGAGAAGGAGCGGGACUUCUACUUCGGGAAGCUGCGGGAGAUCGAGCUGCUCUGCCAGGAGCAGGGCCAGGAGAGCGACAGCCUCGUGCAGCGGCUGAUGGAGGUCCUCUACGCCUCCGACGAGCACGGGGGCCCCCCCGAAGAGCCCGAAGCGGAGGAGCAGGCGCACGAGCAGCCCCCGCAGCAGGAGGAGUACUGACGCCUGCCGCUGCAGACACUCCGUGUCGCGUGGGGACUCUGCUUCUGGAGAAUUGGAACGUGGUGGCCUCAGCGCCACGGAACUGCGGCCACAUCGCCGGGCGGCAGCUGCGCUCCGUCCCCUCCUCUGCCGAGACCCAGAGCAGCCGCUGGGCCGCCAGAAGCGCCUGGCGCACGCCCUCCGCUUCGCCACGGCUGCGGGAUUGGUUCUGUCUCCUCAUUUCUUCCAGAACUCUCCCCCACCACCACCCCUCCCCCUGGUGUGAAGCAAUGGUAACUUGAUAUUGGUAUUUAUAUUGGCAUUUCUCACCCGUGUCACUAGAUGUCACACACAGUGGUGCUUUGAUGUUUGCGAGUCUAACCUCUGACAUGAAUCUGUAAGAUAAUAAAUGGGACAAAGGGAAAGAGAUACUUGAUAUGAAAGCCAUAACGACAGUGACUUGUUUCCUAGGGACAACACGGAGCCCGCGGCUCCCUCUGCUCACGACCCCAAAGGGAAGGGAAGGACGGAACCGAGCCGGGCCGGGCCCUCGCCCAGCAGCCCCCGCGCGUCAGGCAGCCACACUUGUCCUGGUGGUUUUUCCUUGAGCGAACGUCUCUAGAAACAGUCUCACCUUGGCCCGCGAACCGCCUGCCCCGUCCCACCCCACCCCGGUUCUCAUGCGUUUUCUUUCUCAGGGUCCCCUUUGGUGGGCAGCUGCCCUCCUGCAGCCGUUGUCAGCUCUGCGCCCCGAGGGCUCCAAGGUCCCCGGGCUCCAGGGUGGGGGGCAGCCCCGAGGGUGGGAUGCCACGCACCUGCUGGAGGGAGGACCUUGGGGAAUGGGGUGGUUCCAGGAGCGCCAUGGCUGAGGUUGACAGGAACCUUCUGGAAUAGGAAUUCCCCUUCAUACUGCGGCCUCCAUGCCAUUAGCCCUUUGCUAGACCGGGCGGUUCAAAACCGAGGAAACAUUGAUGAAUUAGAAGCAUUCCUUUUUUUUUUUUUUAACUAAGAUUUGCACAUUUUCUUAGUAUCUUUCCAAAUCUUUGCCUCCUUUUUUUUUCCUUUGAGAGAUGGUUUCCCUUCCCGGAUCCUUCAUAGCACUCGGUUCCUAACUUUAGAUUCACCUUCACUUGGUAUUUGACUUGGUAGGUGCAACCCAACAGCACACAGUGUGCCCACCCACUUGCCUCUUCACGGAAAAGCUUACAAUAAAUUUCUCAGCUCUGUGUCAUAAAGCGCUGACAUUUCCUUAUUGAUGAGAUGCUGCGCUGCCGCUCUGACGCUUCCCGCCGAAAGCAGCCUCUCAGUCACCCCCGCAGCAGCGGGCACGGAGGGAGCUGCGGGAAGGCGGCCGUGUGGUGAGGAGCUGAGCACACUGUGCAGGACUGGACAGACUCCGGGGCGAUGGACUCCCUCCUCCUCUCUGCUUGCUCUGCGCUGCGGCAGCUCCGCUCGGGCUGCAGCCUGGCCCUCGGCAGUGACGCCCUCCGCACCUGUUACAGGUGGUGGUGGUGCUAUAGCAGCUCAUGCCUAACGCCGCCCCCCCCCCCAGCCUGUUGUACACAGGUUCCUUGUUUUAAAAUAGCUUUCAUAGGGAGGCACUGUGAGUAAUUCCAUACAGACCACGUCAGGGUUCCUAUGGAGCUUCCUGCCAGCCCUGCAGACGCAGCCGGUGCCCACCAUGGCUGUGCGACCUGCACCGCGCCAUCUCCCCCUCAGCCCCAGCCUGCUCCGCUGUAAACACACUGGCCAGGCAGUUUGCAAAGAUAACUUUCCCAGUCACCAUACUCCACUCCCCUCCCCAGAGUGGGAGCACACUCCUCACCCGUGUAGGGAAGAGCUAUGUCCCUCCUGUCCCCUCACGGAGACCUGGGGACUUGAACAGCUGGUUCCCAGUCCCGUGGCUGCACCCCAGUUCUGUGCAGGCCACCUCUUGUGGGCCAGGCCUGCUCCUUCCUCCCGAUGGCCGUACCCGUUCAUCCCCUCCCCAUCGCCGGGCUGGCUGAGCGGUCACCCUUGGUGUGCGCCCUGCUCCUCCCUCACCCCCGCCGUGGCUGGUCAUAGCACUUCCACGACUCGUGUCAGACAGGAAGUGACCGAAGCUGGGGGCCAAGAGCCUGCCUGCUAAGCAGAAAAGCAGAAAAGACAAACACGCUGUUGACCCGAGAGAAGUCAACCCCAGAAGGGAGCCGAGGACCCCUUCCCUGGUGAGUAUGGCCAUUCUUCCGCCAAGGUUCAUAUGCAUUCAGAUCACUUUACCACAUAGUACACCGGAAAGCUUUGGUUAUAUAUGAAAUGUAAACUGAAAGGAAUGUAAACAGAUGUACUGUUCAUUAUAAAUAGAGCUAAGUAAGGACAUAAUAGAGGAAGAGGUCUUAUCAGACGUAUCACAUUCGUUUUACAUUGCCCACCGUUGUCGCAUGGUAGAAUAGCCUUUUGUCGCUGAAUAUGUGAAUAACUUGGACUUGCGGUUAUCUUUUUACAUAUUUAAUAAAAAAAAGUAUACGUUAA